AUGGCAGAUAAUUUAGCAUCUAAAGUCGACCUAAUUUUGAAUAAAUUAAACAAGUUGGAUAGCAUCGAAGUGCGUCUAGAGAAACUGAACAAGUCAGUGACCAAUAUAGAAUAGUCCUUAGGAAUUAUUGAAAAAGAUGUAGAAGCCUUAGAGAAGAAAAAAAAGACCAAUGAAAAGGUAAAUGACCUCGAGCAGAGCGUUGAUUACAACGACCCAGAUAUUAGUGACCUACAGCGAGAUGUGAAAGGUUUACAACAUGAUGUGGACAAUCUUAAGAUGCAACUUCUUUACCAAGAGCACUAUAGCAGAAGAGAGAACUUAAUGUUUAUUGGAAUUCAAGAAGAGGUCAGUACAAAAGAUGGCACAGAAAAUAGCACAGUCAGUAAUCAAAACACGGAGAACACGCAAGAGAUCAUCUCCAAUUUUGUGGAACAAGAGCUACAAAUUCAAAUGCUCGAAGCAGAAUUGAUUUCCAACACGUUCACCGGGUAG